GUGAAAUAUAUAAAAAAACACCAUUGCAAGGUCCGAGAUCUCUACAGCCUUUUUGCAGUGACUAAAGCCAUGGACGCUCAAGUGGACGGCCAAGAAGAGGGUGUUAGCGACCUAGUCACAUUGGGGAAGUUUCUGGUCACGUGGAUCAGCGUCGGUGCCAUGGUGUUUGGCGGCAUAGUCCCGUUCAUCCCUCAGUACCGCAAGAUCCGCCGGCACCGCGACGCUGAGGGCUUCUCCACGUACGUGUGUCUCGUGCUACUCGUGGCAAACGUACUCAGAAUACUCUUCUGGUUUGGGAAGAGAUAUGAGUUGCCCCUCCUCCUUCAGAGUGGGAUAAUGAUAGCAACAAUGCUGGCCAUGAUGCACAUCUGCACUGCAGUGAAGCUUGACCAAGUCACAGUCUCAAGGAGAUUCAAAGAUUUCGACUACCAACAUUUCUGGAGAUGGACCCACUUUGCAGACUAUUGCUACUUCCUGGUGGCCUUCUCGGUGGCUGGCUCCCUCGUAACAUUCCUCUUUCUCGGGUUCUCUCUCUACGUGGAGCUCCUCGGCUUUGCCUCUCUCCUCCUGGAGGCGUGUCUGGGUCUGCCCCAACUGUGGAGGAACUACAGUAACAAGUCCACGGAGGGAAUGAGGUGUCAGAUAUUACUCAUGUUCCUAAUAGUUUUUGGUGGAUGUUGUGUGUAUAGUGCUUUUGUGCAC